AUGGGCUAUUAUCUAUCAGAUGGAAUUUAUCCUGAAUGGGCUACAUUUGUGAAAAGCAUCCCAAUGCCACAAGGGGAUAAGAGAAAAUUGUUUGCUCAACAUCAAGAAGGUGCAAGAAAGGAUAUCGAACGAGCAUUCGGAGUUCUCCAAUCCCGUUUUGCGAUCAUACGUAACCCGGCUCGAUCUUGGCACUUGGACACACUGAAGCGUAUAAUAAGCACGUGCAUCAUAUUGCACAACAUGAUUGUUGAAGAUGAACGUGCGACAUAUGGUGGCAAUUUUGAUUAUUCUUAUGAUCAUUUGGGCAAUGAUCUGACUGCACCACCAGACGAUUCUAAUAAUGAUUUUCAAGAAUUCUUACGUAGAAGACAUCAUAUUCGCGAUAAACAAAUUCAUCGACACCUUCAACAAGACUUGAUAGAACACAUAUGGGAACGUUUUGGACAUGAAAAUAACCAGAAUUAG